AGUUCAGGCAAUAUUUUGUGACGAAUCUUGCAGGCGGUUGCGGCAAAAACUAACUCAGGGAGUUCUAAAUAACAUUUGAUGUUACUAUAGUUACAGAAAUACGUGUGUGUGUGUGUUUUUUUUUUUUUUUUUUGUCUAUGAAAUAACUAUAUUUAAUGCAAAAAAAGCUCCAAGAAAGCCCUACAUAGGAACUAAAUCUGAAAACUUACAAGGCUGUCUAAAUUACCACAUUUGUGUGACACUAUACAAUCAAUCGUCGCGCAAGCUACAAUGGACAUCAAAGAAGAGAUCGCUCAGUUGCAGAGUGACCUGGAGGAGGUGAAUGUGUUGCUGGAGAAGGCAGUAAGAAAACGUGUUCAGGAUGUUCUGACAGCAGAGAAGAAGAUGAUUGAGAGGGAGAUUGCCAACAAGCAGCAGCAAGAGCAACAUCGGUUAUUGAAGCAGAAGGAUAGCGGGGAUUCUGAAAAAACAUUGCUGGCUUCAACAUCCAGGGGAUAUACUGUGAAAAUAAAUAACUAUGGGUGGGACCAGUCUGAUAAAUUUGUAAAGAUUUACAUUACCCUUAAUGGUGUACACAAGAUCCCGGCAGAUAACAUUCAGACAAACUUCACAGAGAGGUCAUUUGAGGUCCUUGUCAAAGAUCUAGAUGGAAAGAACUACCAAAUGAAUGUCAACAACCUUCUGAGUGUCAUUGACGCCAAGGAAAGCUUUAGGAAGGUGAAAACAGAUAUGGUCUUGGUGAUGUGUAAAAAGAAGACCCAACAAAAUUGGGAGUUCUUGACUCAGGUGGAGAAAAAGACGAACGACAAGAAAAAGCCCUCUUCUGACCCAGACACUGACCCCGGUGAUGGGCUCAUGAACAUCCUGAAGAAGAUGUACGACGAAGGCAAUGAUGAGAUGAAGAGAACCAUCAACAAAGCCUGGGCUGAAUCUCGAGACAAACAGAACAAAGUAGAAAAUAUGGAUUUCUGAACCAGAAACAAUACAUUCAUAAAUGUAGUGUUCCACACUAUAUUAACAUGGUGAAAUCACUAGCCCUUCAUCUACUAGACAUCGAUUCUUAAAAGGCUUACCUUAUAAUUGUAACACGGAAAUGGCUACUUUUUGUGAGGGCAUAUUCAAGAGCUACAUGUUAAAUGUUUGUCAUGCAAAUAACGGAAAUGUGCCUUUUGCUACUCAACAUUCUAAAAAAUGCAAAUAUGAAUAAAAAAAUAUGAAAGUUCUUA